AAGAUGACUUUCUACGAUGGCAUUUACCCAUUCUACCCUCUACAAAGGACCUGCUUCAUCUUUAGUGGCCGCUUGCUCACCAUUAUUCUGGUCUUUCUUGUGCUAGCACUCAGUCUUCUUCUCAUUCUGCCAGGGAUACGAGGGAAGUCGAGACUGUUCUGGAUGUGUCGAAUAAUUAUCAGCUUGUUCAUAGGAGUGGUAAUAGUGGCGCUCAACUUUACCAACGACUGGGCCGGGGCCAGAAUGACCACUAAUGCCACCUACAAGUCUUUCAGCAACGUGGUGGUUAACGCUGACAUCGGCUUGCAUGUUGGACUGUACGGCAUUAAUGUGACACUGAAAGGGAAUCCUGUUGUACAGUUCAAUGAGACCAUUAACUACAAUGAGAUGUUCAGCUGGCAUGACACUAUGGAAGAAGAGUAUAAGGAUGCUCUGGAGAAAGGUUUACCCAACCCCAUCCUGUACAUCGCUGAGAAAUUCACCCUGAGCAGCCCAUGUGGACUCAUCUUUCAGUACAGAUACUCUGGACGAUAUGCCUCUGCAACACUCUGGACGGCAUUUUGCUGCUGGAUGCUCGCCAAUAUCCUCUUCUCCAUGCCGGUCAUUCUGUACGCCGGCUACAUGAUGAUGGCCACCGCUGCCUUCAUCUUCUUCUCCAUGGCCUCCUUCUCCACCAUCAUGAACGCGCCGCAGUGUGUUUUCGCCAUAGGAACGGACUCCUUUGAAAUCGAGUACAGCCAUUCAUUCUGGCUGGCUCUGGCUACAGGUGUGCUGUGUGCCAUCAUCGGGAUUCUGGUGGUGACGUUGAACCUUCUUAUACCAGACAAAAUGAAAGAGGCUUUCAGUGUUGGCGUCGACAGUUAUGAAGAUGAGGAUGUUGCUUAUGGGGAGGGCUACCUGAAUGCAGUUUUUCUAGAUGGAGUGACAAUUUCCCCACUGACAUCAAAAGUCAUAGCGGAGCACGUAUGAAGCCGUCCUGGUUUCCCUCAGAGAAUCCAGCUAAUACUUGAAGAUAUUUUUGCUGAAUGUGUUGCAGGAGUGUCUAACUUCA